GCGCCGAACAGCGGGAGGGGAAGUGUCGACACGCGAGGUGAGGCGUGUGCCGGCGGAGUCUGCGAUAUAAGGGGACAGGGAGCUUCCGCGCCAGGAGCAGGACACACGCUGCAGACAUGACGACAGCCGCUCUCUGCCUGCUGCUGCUCAUCGCCGCGUCGGCGAGCGUGUCGGAGGCGCAGUUCUGGAGCAGGUGGGACGGCUCGCCCUGGUGGCUGAACCAGGACCAGGAGCCGACGCAGCGGCCGCAGGUGCGGCCCCGGCCGCGGCCCACGCCGCCCACGACGAUCAGCACGACGGCGGCGGCGGCGGCGGCGGCGGGCGGCGGCGUCCCGGUGGACAGCUUCGGCCGCGUGGCCGGCUGCGACUGCCCGGCGCCGCCGCAGUACAACCCCGUCUGCGGCUCCGACGGCGUCACCUACAACAACCCGCAGAUCCUCGAGUGCGCCAACCGCUGCGGCCACCCGGUAACCAUCAGCUUCAUCGGGCUGUGUGUGGCGGGCUAGCGACCCCUUCAUCUCGACUUCUGGAUACUUCCGUCAGCAGCCAGCACCUGACGACAUCGACUGCCGUCACAGCGUCCUCACACUCAGUUCUUUGAGGAGUCGCAUUUCAACUGUGACAUCUUGUUUAUACUUACUGUAUUUGUAAAAAAUAAAUUUCUUGUGCCAU